AUGGUGAUGCAAAACAGAACUGCUUCUCAGACCCUGCCAAACCUGACCCCACCUCCGGAUGUUCGCCAGAAAAGGCCUAUGCCACCUGCAUUUCCAAACUUGGAUGAGUUUGAUCAGGGAGAUCAUUUCGCAAAUUUUCAACAAGUCCAAAAUGCUUCAAAUGCUCCCCUCUUGUACAUGCCCGCUCCUUCAAAGGCUCAUAAUGUAUCGUUGACACACCAUGAUCCACCAGUGUAUAGUUAUGCCACAGUUCCACCUGUGACACAAACCCAGGGGCUAUGGCGCCCGAAUGUUGAUCCUUACGUUGAAACAAAAAGGGAGGCAAGGGCACUCAGUGAUGAAAUGGUCAACAGAAAGCUCCAAAGUCUGGAAGAUGCUAUGAGAGGUCUACGUGGGCUUGGUAGUAAUCAAAGUGUGAGGUAUGAAGAAUUAUGUGCAUUUCCUAAGGUGGAGUGGCCUCCAAGUUACAAUAUUCCCAGGUUCGAAAAGUUCGAUGGGUCGGGAAAUCCUUUCUUCCACUUGAAAGUAUAUUGUGAAAAACUAAAGUGUGUGGGAAAAGAUCAAGGGAUAAGAGUCAAACUCUUCAAUCAAAGUUUGAGUGGGAAGACUUUAGAGUGGUACUCUAAGCAAGACAUGACUAAAUGGCACAGUUGGGAUGAUUUGUCAAAUGCUUCUGCUAACCAUUACAAGUUUCAUGUUGAGAUCGCUCCUGACAGAAUCUCCAUCUCAAAGCUAAAGUUGAAGUCAACUGAAUCAUUUCGAGAAAAUGCUAUCCGUUAG